AUGGCGAGAAAGGUUGGUUCUAAUUUCCAGGACCUGCUUCCGGUAAUGGCAGAGAAACUGGGGGGAGAAGGGCUGAUAAAGGAGCUGUGUAAUGGGUUUGAAGUGCUGAUGGACAAAGAGAAAGGGUUGAUCACGUUGGAGAGCCUUAGAACAAACUCUUGGCUGUUGGGUGUGCGAGACAUGGCCGAGGAGGAGCUUCUUAGUAUGAUGAGGGAAGGCGAUUUGGAUGGCGAUGGUGCUUUGAAUCAAAUGGAGUUUUGUGUUUUGAUGUUCAGAUUAAGCCCUGACUUGAUGCAACACUCUUUGAAUUGGCUUCAAUACGCUUUGGAAAGGGAGUUUAAUUGA